AUGGUCAAAAUUCUUGAUUACGAAAUUCAAGCUCCCGAACCAGAAGAGCUAUCAUUCGAAAACGAAGAUGGAACACAUAAAAACCUUUGCGAUCGUGAAGUAUCCAAGAUAGCAUCGAAGGAAUGGAAAAAGAAAACGUCGGACCUAGCAGCUUUUCUCAAAAGUUAUACAAAGAAGGUGAACUCAUAUCGCAAAAAUAAUUUAUUGCCCACCUUCAGAACUUACAAACCGAAGAAAGUUCGUCCCUCUAAACGAGCACUUAAAACUGCCGUCUCUUCGAAGCAAAUAAUCUCGGUAGACAUGUUCCUUAAUGGAAUUCCACCAACUCCUAUGCAGAGUGCCGUACCUAAUCAGGCUUUCAAUAUGAUUGAAGGUAAUAGUAAUGUAGUCUGUGAUGAUAAACUUAGUGAUUAUAAAGAAUUUGAAGAAUUUAUUGAUGUAGAACGAAUUUAUGGCAAAAAUUAA